AAGAAACUGAAGCUGGCCAGUGCCGAGGAACCGAGGAACAUUUCGGACGUGCUAGGAGGAUCAGAAGCGUUCCAACGGCGGCUUGCCAAGAGAAAGCAGCGGAUGCUUGAUCUAGAAGCAAACGGCGCUGAGGAUUCGAGCCGGACGAAGAAGAAAACAGCUGGUCGACCACGAGACACGCUUGUGGAUGACCUGAUCGUCACAGAGAGUUAUAAAGUAGACGGGAAGCAGAAAGUCUACACAUACUGCAUUGCGUGCGACCACUGUGAGGUGUUCCGUAAUCCCGGUCGGAUACGAAAGCACGCUGCAAUUGAUU